AAAACACCCAAAUUAAAAAGUUAUAGUUGAAAUUCAGUCAUAAUUUCUACAGUUGAAUAAACGAAGUAAUUGCUAUCCUUUGUCUGUUCUAAGUGUGAACUGUUCAGAUGCCUGUUAUUGCCUAAAAAGUUUGGAAGUUAAGGUGACUUGACAACUGAAUUAUGGAUUAAAGAGAUGUUAGUCAUCUCAUAAUAAACAUUGAUUGUCAGAGUAAUAUGGGAAUUCUUCAUGGUGUUUGACACCACAUAAGAAAAUUAAAAUGGUUAUGUCGGAUUCAGAUUUCCGACAAAGAAUAGCCCAGUUAGAAGAAAAGCUGCAGGAUCAUAAUUCAGAAUUGAAUUGUGAUGGACUUUUGGAUGGUUUAUACUGCAUUGUAGCAGAUUUAGAUAAUCCUACUAUAAGAAGAAAUAAGAAUGUUGAGAAUUUUCUCAAUAAGUAUUCAAAGGCUGUGGAGUUUCUUAAAGAAAAGAGAGUUCGAGCUGAGGAUUUUCAGAAAAUUAAAGUAAUAGGAAGGGGAGCAUUUGGAGAAGUACAAUUGGUUCGGCAUAUCUCAACUCGGAAAGUUUAUGCUAUGAAGUUAUUGAAUAAGUAUGAAAUGAUUAAGAGAUCUGAUUCAGCUUUUUUCUGGGAAGAAAGAGAGAUUAUGUCUAAUGCUAAUAGUGAAUGGAUUGUGCAGUUACAUUUUGCAUUUCAAAAUAUGCGCCAUCUUUAUAUGGUCAUGGACUAUAUGCCUGGUGGUGAUUUAGUCAAUUUGAUGAGUAACUAUGAUGUACCUGAAAAAUGGGCUAAAUUCUACUGUGCUGAAGUCGUCUUGGCAUUAGAUGCCAUUCAUACCAUGGGAUUUAUACAUAGAGAUGUCAAACCAGACAAUAUGUUACUAGAUGCCAAUGGUCAUUUAAAGUUAGCUGAUUUUGGUACCUGUAUGAGAAUGGAUUCUGAUGGUCUAGUACGCUCUGAUACAGCUGUUGGUACACCAGAUUAUAUUUCACCAGAAGUAUUAAAAUCACAGGGCGGUGAAGGUGUUUACGGCAGAGAAUGUGAUUGGUGGUCGGUUGGUGUGUUUUUAUAUGAAAUGCUUGUGGGUGACACGCCAUUCUAUGCUGAUUCUCUGGUAGGAACGUAUGGUAAAAUUAUGGAUCAUAAACAUUCUCUACAAUUUCCUACUGAUAUAGAAGUAUCUGAAGAAGCUAAAAGUCUCAUAUGUGCCUUCCUUACUGAAAGAACAGAGAGAUUGGGUAGAAAUGGUGUUCAUGAGAUUAAAAGACAUAAUUUCUUUAAUACAGAUCAAUGGACGUGGUCUGACAUUAGAAAGAGUGUACCACCAGUCGUGCCUGAAUUAAGUAGUGAUAUAGAUACUAGUAAUUUUGAUGAUAUUGAAAAAGACGACAAUGUUAAUGAAACAUUUCAACCUCCCAAAGCUUUUGCUGGAAAUCAUCUCCCUUUUGUUGGUUUUACUUAUAACAAAGAGUAUCAAUUAUUAUCUGGUCCCAGAAAUAAUUCAAAGGAAGAAACUCUUGUUAAGAAGGCAUUAAAUCAUAGAAUACUACGAUAUGACUACAAACAGUAUACAUGUCUGAAUCAUGCAGAGUCAAAUGUCCUACUUUUUAAAACAAAAAUGACUCAUAUUUUUUACAUUUCCAAACAAGAUUUAGAUCUAUUAACCAAACAAGAAGUAGAAUUAAAACAAAUGUGUACUCAAUUAGAAAAGAAUGUAGCUAUGAUUAAACAUAAUCUAAAAGAGGCUCAAAGAAAAUUAGAUGCUGAAGUGACUAGUAAGAAGAAAUUAGAGCAGUCAUUAAAAGAAACAGAGAGAUUAUUAGAAAGUGAAAAAAAUGUUCGAUUACAAAUCUCUUCCAACAAUCAACAUAAUGAUAUGAAAGCUUCAAAUCUAGAGAAAACAGUUAAUGAUAUUAAUCAGAAGUUAGCAGUAGAAACUGAAAAUGCUAAUAGAUAUAAAAAAUCUUGUACAGAUCUUCAACAGAGAUUAGCUAUAGCCGAUAAUCACAUAGCAGAAUUAAACGCUAAAUAUAGUGAUAUGUUAUCAACUAAACAGAAUUUAGAUAUAGAUAUAGUACAUUUACAAAAUACACUAGAAAUAGAACGUAAUAAUCUGAAUGAAGAACAUCGUGUUUCCACAGAAUUACAAGAGAAAAUACGACAAUUACAAGAUGAAAAACAACAGUUAUUAGAGAAAGAGAAGAAAUAUUUAAAUGAUAUUCAAACAUUUCAACAAAAUAUAAUAAAGUUAGAAAAGAGUCGUGUGAGUACAGAGUUAGAAAGAGAUAAUUAUAAGAAAAGAUUAGAAAGUGAAAUACAGGUACAUACUGAUAUAAAAGAACGUUACCAAGCUGAUCAGAGAAGAAUGGUAACAUCAAACGAAACUGCUAAUGUAGAAUCUAUCAAAGAAAUCUCAACUAAAUUAGAAAAAGAGAAGACAUCUAGAUUAAAAGUGGAAAGUAAAUUAUUAGAAACAGAAAAACAAAUGAGUGCAAUAAAAUUAGAUCUAGGUCAAUCUCAGUCUCAAUUACAAAGUGUUCAGUCACAAUUACAUUCAGAAACAGAGAAGUGUAAAAAUCUAGCUUUACAAGUAGAACAGGAAGUACAAAGACGUAAUUUAAUGCAAGGUGAUUUAAAGAAUCAGUAUGUGGAUAUCAAUAAAGCUAAGGCCAAAGAGAAAUCACUAGAUAAAGAACUACAUGAUUUAAAACAUGAAAAGAAGUUAUUAGAAGAGGAAUUAAAGAAAGUGAAAGAGGAAUAUUCAUCAGUUGAUUUUCAAUUACGAGAUGCUCAAGAACAGUUGGAAGCUGAAUCAUACUUUUCUUCUUUAUACAAGACUCAAGUUAAAGAAUUGAAAGAUGAAGUAGAGCUCAGUGAUAAAAAGAUUACAGAUCUGACCUCAGAUAAAACUCAUAUUACUGAGGAGAAAGAAUCAUUAUGUGCUCAGUUACAACUAGCAUUAGCUAAAGCUGAUUCUGAACAACUAGCUAGACAGAUAGCUGAAGAUCAGUUAUUAGAUGUAGAAAAAGAAAAAACUAUCUUAGAACUAGAAGUUAAAGACCUGAUGAAUCAGCAUAGAAGUGACAUGAAUAAAACAGAAAAUCUCAAAUCAUCAUUGGAUGAUUCUAAGAGAAAUAUGAAUGAUACCAUAGAUCAUCUAACAACAGUUAAUGAAGAUUUAAGUGAUAGAAUUAAAGAAUUAUCAGAGGCCCAGAAUAGCUCUCUAGCUGGGGAGGUAGACAAAUUAAAGAAAGAUUUAGAAACAGAGAGAAUUAAGAAAACACAGGCUGUAAAUAAACUAGCAGAAAUUAUGAAUAAAAAAGAAUUUCGUAGUAGUGGUAAAAAGAAAGGGGGUAAUGAUGCUGAUUUAAAGAAAAAAGAAAAAGAAAAUAGAAGAUUACAGCAAGAAUUAACAAUGGAAAAAGAAAAAUACAAGAAAAUGAGUGAAAAAUUACAAAGAGAAAUAUUGGAAGGUCAACAGACAGUAUAUGAAGAAACUCUAAGUCGUCAGAAAUUACAGAUGGAGAUUGAUGCUAAAGAUGCUGAAUUAGAACAACUUCGUCAAAAAUUAGCUUUUAAUAAUUCUGAUACAGCUUCUGUUAAUAGUGGUAGUAAUCUAGAUGAAACAAUUGUGGAAAAUACAGAUCAUAUGGAAGGAUGGUUAGGUGUACCUACUCGACAUGUUAAACAGAAAUAUGGAUGGCAGAAACAAUAUGUUGUUGUUAGUAGUCGUAAAGUAUUAUUUUAUAAUAAUGAAACAGAUAAAGUACAAUCCAGUCCAGUUUUAGUAUUAGACAUUGAUAAACUAUUUCAUGUGAGAUCAGUUACACAAGGAGAUGUUUAUAGAGCUGAAGCCAAAGAUAUUCCACGUAUAUUCCAGAUUCUAUACGCAACAGAAGGUGAAAAUAGAAAAAGAGAUGAUAGUAUGAUGGAACAAACUACUCCUGAUAAAUCUGGAACUGUGAUGUUUAAAGGACAUGAAUUUGUUUUAUUACACUUUCGUACACCAACUAAUUGUGAUUCUUGUCAGAGAGCUUUAUGGCAUGUUAUACAUCCACCACCAGCACUGGAAUGUAAACGAUGUCAUAUAAAGGUACAUCAAGACCAUUAUGAUAAGAAAGAAGAUUUUAUAGCUUACUGUAAAGUGAACUAUGAUUCAAGUAUACAAGCUAAAGAAAUGUUAUUAUUAGCUGAGUCGUCUGCUAUACAGAAAAACUGGGUAUCACAUCUUAGUAAGAAAGUUCGACAACAGGGUAUAGUCAGCUCUGGAAACCUUGGGUACGUAUUUGUUUAA